AUGUCUCCGAAGAAUAGUGGGGAAACAAAACGAGACAGAGUGAGAAAUGACCGCAUAAGGGAAGAAUUACACAUUAAAGCGGUUGAAACAACAAUCGAUGAACGGAUACUCUCCUGGUAUGGACAUCUCCUGAGAAUGGACGAAAACAGAAAGCCUCGCCAAUACAUGGAGGCCAGGGCACAAGGCAGACGACCGAUAGGAAGACCACGGGUGACAUGGGAGGCCAACUGUUUCACGGAUAGCAGCAGAAAGAGGCAAGACCGUGAAUCAGUUGAAGAGAAUGGCUACGGACAGAGAGCAGUGGAGAAGACGGAUCCAAGGCGACCACCCAACGCUGUGAAAACGGCACAUUGGGAUAGAUAA